CUUCAAAACAAAAUCUACUUGACACAUUGUAAACAAAACACGGAGAUGAAUAAAUUUUUUGUUGAAUUUGCGAAUUUUAACUGAACGACAGAAAAUUACAGCGAUGAAAGUGAAGAAGGAGCCAGAUCGUUGUCGUUUGUGUUAUACACAAGUCGUAGAAUACUUUGAUAUAUUCGAGAAUUCUGCACAGGUACCGAAUAUAGUUGACACGCUGAAGCAGUAUUUUGACGAUGAGGUCAACGACUCGGACAUUUUGCCAAAAGUAAUUUGCAUCGAAUGUUGGGACAAAGUUGAAGCGUUCCGAAAGUUUUCCGAAGUGGUUAUCGCAUUUCGUGCCGAAUAUCUACGACAACAUCUCAACAAUGCGGUCAAAGAUGAAAAUGAUGCAGAAUAUAUGAUUCCGAAUAUUGAGGAAAGAAUUCACCGAGAAAUAGUUUGCGUCGACCCAUUGAGGCCUAUCAAAGUGAUGAUGGAUGAAGGAGAUGAGAAUAUGGAAUUAGAAGAAAGCAAACUUCAUUAUGGGUCAGGGAAUGAACAGGGAUUCUCAGAUGUUAAUGAAGUUUAUGAUGAACUGAUCGAUCGCAAUGGGCUACUAGAGAGUGGUGAAGGCAUUCGACUUCCACGGCACAUCAGUGAAGUUAGCCCCGAGCAACAACAGCAAAUUAUUGACCAAUACUUUGACAUGAAUUGCGAUUUCUGUGAUGUCACUUUCGGAAAAUUCGAAGAAGCCAUCCAACAUUAUAAAGUGAAGCAUAACAAUCGGCCCAAAGGCUAUGUAAAAUGUUGUUCGCUGAAAUGGUCACAGAAUUCUCACUUGAAUGCCCAUAUUGUGUGGCAUUUGAAUCCUGAAUUGUUCAAAUGCCAGAUUUGUGGACAAGUAAAGAAAACUUAUCAAUCUUAUCAACAACACAAACUCAAACAUUUCAAUCAAUUCACGUGUGACAUUUGCCAGAAGGUAUUCACUGUAUUCAGCACCUUAGAACGUCAUAUUCUUGAAGUACAUGCAACCAAAGUGGAAUUCCCAUGCGAUCAAUGCGACCAGAGAUUCAAGACUCGAAAGCAUUUGGAAAUUCAUCUGGAAGUGAAUCAUUCGAAAGGCUUAGAAGAUUAUAUAAAAGAAAUAAAAUGUAUGGAGUUCAAUAACAGCGAUGUACAUGUUAUGAACAUUAUGGAGGAAUAUUUCGACAGGAAAUGUGAUCUCUGUGAUACUGUGCUUGAAACAUUCAAAUUUGCAAAAUCACAUUAUUCAUCGGAACAUAAUAUUCACAAUCCUUAUAUGAAGUGUUGCGGCAUUAAAUUACACAAUAAUUCGCAAGUUUUGGAUCAUAUUCAAUGGCACAUCGAUCCAAACACUUUCAGAUGUCGAGUAUGCAAGCUAAAACACAAGCAUCGAUAUACCCUCAUUGAUCACGUGAAACGGCAUAAUGCUUUGUCAGCAAAGCAAUUCGCUUGCAAAAUUUGCGAUCGAUACUAUGCGACCAACGCACAGCACAGAACUCAUAUGGAACUCAAACAUCCAGGAAUACAACUGAGUUCUUCAUCGGUUGAAUCUAAUUCUAAAGGGGACAAUAACAUAGAGAUACCGGACUAUGUCGAUGCUUCGUGCGAUAUGUGUCCAGCAACAACGUUUAUUACAUUCAAAGAAAUGCAAUCACAUUAUUCAGAAACUCACAAAUCGGUCGGUUCGGUGUCAUGCUGCCAGAAGAAGUAUUUGCAACUAAGUCGUUUCAGUGAUCACAUUGCAUGGCACACAAAUCCGGAUACUUUCAAAUGUGAUGUUUGUAACAAAUCGCUUCCGAACCGAUACAUUUUAAAACAACACAAUGAUUGGCAUUCAAAUAAGUAUUAUUGCCACACGUGUCAGAAGUCCUUUCCACGUAGAAAUCUAUUGAGAAACCAUUUGGAAAAACACAAAAAUCGUAAUCGUGAAAAACAACGCAAUUUUAUUUGCGAUAUGUGCGACAAAAGAUUCCCUAGCCAAAAUCAUCUAAAUAUCCAUCGUAAAAGACACGAUCUAAGGGAUGAUCAAAUUUGUGAGUUCUGUGCAAAGAAAUUCAAAACAAAAGCGGAACUGAAACUCCAUCAGGCGAAACAUCUAGAUGUUGCCCCAAAAACAAAUCCAAAAUUCCAGUGUGAUAUAUGCAAUGGUUGGUAUGCGAGCAAGAGUGUUUUGAAAACACAUAAAAUGAAACAUAAUCCAGAUCCACAAAAAUGCAAUCAAUGUGAUAAGGUUUGCCCCAAUUCAGCUGCCUUAGACCAACAUGUACGGAGGAAUCAUAGUGGUACGAUAUUCAACUGUCAUUUAUGCGAGAAAUCAUUCAAGUCACAAGUAACACUCAAGGAUCACAUUGCAACGCAUACGAACAAGAAGAGCUAUAAGUGCACCUAUUGUGAUGAGACGUUCAUUUGGCGCUCAAACAUGUAUAAACAUAGAAAACAGCAACACGAAGAGGAAUGGUUGGCCGAUAAGAAGAAGAAAUAAGCGACCUCGAAGAAACGAUGGGAAACAUAUUGAAAUUUAAGGCUCUUUUUUCGAACCUCGCUCCUUGUUCGGUUACAUUGACUGUAAAUGUGCUGCGCCGAACCGAAGCUCCAUCUGAUUUCAACUCGCAUGAAACAUGUUGCAACACUUUGACUUUGACAGAACUAUCAAAACAAAAUCGACUUGACACAAUGUAAACAAAAUAUUCAGAGAAAUACAGUUUUAUUUGAAAA